ACUUCCAGGUCAGUGAUUUCAGCACUCCCCAACAAUGUAUCCCUUACAGGAGAGGGGAAGAGCUGGCGCUUCAGCCAGCCUCUCUGGAGGCUCUUCAAAACACAGUUACCAUGGACACAAACUUGACCGGGAGAGGAGUGUGUUUGUGUGUACACACUGUGUGUGUGUGUGUGUGAGGGGAGGGAGUGUGCAGGUGCAGUUUGCAUGUGUGUGUUUAACUUUUUUCUUUUUAUUAAAGCAUUAAAAAAUAAUGCACAACUUUCUUGCAUAUUUUCCCAAAAGUCCAAACUUUUUGCGCAUGGCGCUUGAACGUCACCAUUGAUCUCUGCGCGGUGCUUCACUGCCUGGUUUGCAGCCGUGCGUGAUUGACUGCCAGCAAUCUGAUCCGGUGAAAGACAUUGACAACCAAUAGGAAGCGGCAGUGCGGCUUGUUUCCAUGGGAGGCCCCGGGGAGGCGAUGCCAAGCCGCCGCUAGGAAGCGACACAGCGAGCGGGGUAAAAGACGCGUCGAGCAGCAAGCCGGGGGACUGUGUGGAGAUCCUGCAGCCGCUCCGUGCCACUCUACAAGCGGAUGAAAAAAAGCGAGGUCGCUAGGACAGGACAGGACACUUUUUGCAGAUCGCUCGGCGGCGCACGAUGGAUGGAUUUCCCGACCAGCAAGUGCCUUACUGUAACUCUAAAAAGCUGCAAGACAAGACGAGCUGCCCGAGGCCGGCACAUGACAGAAAGAGAAAAUUCAUUAAGUCCAACCUGGCUUUGGACACCGAAGAGCUCUUCCAGGACCUCAGUCAGCUGCAGGAGACUUGGCUGGCAGAAGCUCAAGUUCCCGACAAUGACGAGCAGUUCGUUCCAGACUUCCAGACUGAAAACUUGGCUUUCCACGGACUGCAGCUGAAGAUCAAGAGGGAGCUGCACAGCCCGUGUUCAGAGCUGAGCUCCAACUGUAGUCAGGAACGGUCCUUCAAGCUCCAGUAUGGAGAGAAGUGCCCGUACAGCGUCAGUGCCUACGAGCAGAAGCAGCCUGCAGGAAUGAAGCCCUCCAGCCCAGUGACGCCCCCCUGUAGCACCCCCGUGUCCCCGCUCCAUCAUGCCUCACCCACGGCGGCCCCGACACCCAAACCAGACAGGACCUACACCCACAUACCGCCGUCGUCACAGCCGCUCCCUGACAACGCCUACUCCAUGGACCACAGAUUUCGACGUCAGCUCUCGGAGCCGUGCCACUCGUUCCCCUCCCCGCCGACGAUGGCUCGGGACGGCCGGCCCAUCUACCACAGGCAGAUGUCGGAGCCCAACAUCCCCUUCCCUCCUCAAGGCUUCAAGCAGGAGUAUCCCGACCCCCUGUUCGAGCACCCGGCCAUGAUGGGGGCGCCGCUACCGCACACGUACCCCGCCACCAUGAUGAUCAAACAGGAGCCCAGAGACUUCACCUACGACUCAGCAGAAGUGCCUAGCUGCCAUUCUGUCUACUUACGGCAAGACGGCUAUCUGGCUCACACUAACAGGACUGAAGGUUGUAUGUUUGACAAAGUGGUGAGGCAUUUCUACGACGACACCUGCGUCGUGCCCGAAAAGGUCGAAGGUGACAUCAAGCAGGAGUCGGGCCUGUACCGCGAGGGCCCGUCGUACCAGCGCAGAGGCUCGCUGCAGCUCUGGCAGUUUCUCGUGGCUCUGCUGGACGACCCGUCCAACUCCCACUUCAUCGCCUGGACCGGCCGCGGCAUGGAGUUCAAACUGAUCGAGCCGGAAGAGGUGGCACGUCGGUGGGGGAUACAGAAGAACCGACCGGCGAUGAACUACGACAAGCUCAGCCGGUCGUUGCGCUACUACUACGAGAAAGGAAUCAUGCAAAAGGUCGCCGGCGAGAGAUACGUCUACAAGUUCGUGUGCGACCCCGAGGCCUUGUUCUCGAUGGCGUUUCCCGACAAUCAGCGGCCGGUGCUGAAGACGGACAUGGAGCGGCAGAUCAACGAGGAGGACACGGUGCCGCUGUCACACUUUGACGAAAACAUGGCCUACGUACAGGAGGGGCCCUACUGCCAGCCGCACCCUUACAGCGAGGGCUACGUCUAUUAACGUCAGCCUCGACGGCCGACCACACACACACACACACACACACACACACACACACACCUACACCCUCCCCCUCCUCCACCUCCGUCCGUACACCUGAGACUGUCAUGUCCGCUAAUUCGGGAUUAAGACUGAACACACACACACACACAUGCAGCGGCGGAGCUUCCCUUCCUCUCUCCGUCUAGUGAACACCUCCUCCUCCUCCUCCUCCUCGUCUUAUUUUGUUUUUCUUUUUGCUCUUUCUGACGUCGAAGCCGCACAGCAGGACGGAGAGUGCACUUUAUGGACAGGAAGCGGUGCAGCGUCGACCUGCCGGGGGUGGGGGGGUGGUUCUGCUCGCUGCGUGGCUGGCUUUUGUUUGUACAUUAUCGUGGGAAUCUUUCCGUUUUUUUCUGUUUCUGUUGGUAUGAUUCGGAGCAUGUGGUGAGACAGGACUCAAACGGCUCACUCCACCCCCCCAAGAACUGAAACUUCCUGCGACCCGUCUGCAGCAGGAUGAUCGGAAAGGACGAUCACUUUUUGAUCGCGUCCUCUAGCUCGCCCCCUCACCUUGUUGUACUCUCACGCUCAUUUAAGUGAAUACCGUCGGCGUACGGUAUUUUAACGAUACUUUUAACAUGAUUAUAGACUCUGAAGAAGUAAUGUGAUGAUUAAAAAAAAGAAAAUCAGUGAGAACUGCCUCACCACCACCUCCUCGUCCUCCCUCCUCUCGUCCAAUCAGACUGUAGAUCUCGUCACGUAGACGUAAAAUAAACUGGAGCUAGACGGCUGGAAAAAAAAAAGAAAAACGACGCGGGUUGGCAAAGAUGAGACGGAUGGAAACGCUUUCUGUGAACGGCCGAGAGUUUAGGAUUGAAUCAAUAAAGCGACAGGCCGCUGUAAAAUAACUCAUCCACUGUAAAACUGUUUGUUUCUUUCUUUGUAUUCUGAGAGCAGCAGUCAUUCGUUUGUCAUUCAGGUGUUCAGUUAAUAAUAAAAUAUAAAAAAAAGAAGUGAUUUUAUUGGCUUAAACAAUAAAAAACAAAAAAAAACACUCAAACAUUUUGUUUCCAGGUGAACACGAGGUGUAUAUUUUCUGCUUUGCCAUCGAUAAAGUUGCUUUUGUUACAAAAAAAAGAAAGAAAGGAGGUUAAAAAAAAAGGUAUAAGAAAUAUUUAGAGUUUUAUAAUGUGAUGGGGAAAAAAAAUUCAUGUUAUAACAAACAUAGUGUUCCAUUGUAUAAUCAGGUAAAUGCACAUUUUGUUGCUGCUUCGAAUUGUAAGUGUAUUUUCUAGUCUGGAGAAAAGAAGAAGAGCAGUGGCUGCUCUGGACUUUUUAUUUUGUUUUUGUUUUUUUAUUUUCUUUCGAAUCCUUUGUUCGAUUUGAGCAUUAAAAGAAGAAUCUGGUCA